UAACCUGAUUGGUGACGACAACCUGGAGAGCGUUUGGGUCCCCACGACGGCUGCGAGCAGCAAAAUCGAGUCUCCCAAACUUCAAGAUAUUUUUUAUUCUCAACGCAAGAUGGCGAGUAAUCUCCUCAACAAUCGUUAUGCGGUUUUGGAAAAACUAGACGAAGGAACAUUUGGCGAGGUGUACAAAUGCUGGGACCACAGGGACCACAAGGAGAUGGCCUUCAAGAAGAUUGACAUCACAUUAAGCAUCAAGGAAGUGCAAGCAUAUCGUGAGGCUGUCUUCCUCAAACUGCUGAGGCACAAUAGCAUCAUCCGGUUCGAGGAAGACUUUGUCGUGGGAGAUUACCAUUAUAUCGUGUUGGACUACAUCAGCAUGGGCAGCCUCUUUGACGUUCUGAAAGCGAACGGAGCAUUUACUCUGUCCUCCGUCAAGAGAUAUGCCCAGCCCCUGAUGGAAGUGCUGGCCUUCCUGAAGAAGAACGGCUUAGUCCACGGGGACCUCAAGCUGGAAAACAUCUUGGUGAAAGAUCACCACACGGCAGCCAUCCGAUUGGCCGACUUCGGAGGAAGUUUUUUUGACAAUGAACCUCCCGACCAUAUCUUUGGGACGCCUGGAUACCAGGCUCCCGAGGUCUUGCUGGCCCUGCCGUUCGGAACAGCAGUUGACAUGUGGGCUGCAGGCUGCAUACUGGCCGAGAUCUCUGUUGGGAAACGACUGCUGCCAAGAACCAACAGAAAUGAGGAGGUUGCUGGGAUCACAAAGAUUGUGGGAACACCACCCUUAAAGAUGCUGCACGCUGCACCAGACGGUCAUCGGUAUUUCCACUUCUUUGGGCAACUCACCGAGGAAUGUCUGCAGGAGACCCCUCAGUGUUGCCCGCUCAAGGAGUUUCUGAAAACAAGAGACCCAUUGUUCCUGGACUUCAUCAGGUCCAUCCUAUGCUGGAACCCAGAUGACCGCCUAACUCCGGAAAGUGCUCUCAUGCAGCCAUGGAUGAGUGCAGCUCCAGCUCCACCACCUGGAUUUCACCAGGCACCGGCAUGCAAGAUCAACUCCCAUCUGGCUCCGUCAACCAAGGCCUUCGCAACUCUGGACUCCAACAACUUCACUUCCACGACAAUGGACCCCUACAAAUUAUGCUUCCUGGACUCGGACCCCAAUAACUCCUCCAUCCUGGCUCCAGACGUCAGGUCCCGGGGUUCCAGGGUCCUCGCCUAG